GUUUGCCUUCGUCUGAGAGCCAACCGGAGUGCCCAGAGAAGUCCCAGGACGCAACCGAAGGGGUGAACACUUUCCUGGCCACAUUGCAUCCCCUACACCUACAACACCUGACAAGCCAGGAAGGUAGCUUCGUCUCCUCCACGACGGCAUAGGGGGACGCUGUCGACGUCCGCUCUCAACAGCGACGAUGGUGACGAUGACGAUGAAGAUGACCACAACGAUGAUGGUGAUGAUGGUGACAUCCACCACCAUCAAACCCUCCUCUUCGCACCUCCUCGAAGCCUCCUCGACCAACGAGACCUCUACGGCGACUCCUGCCCCGUCUCUGGGUCCCGUGGGCUACGGUCUGCUGGCCGCACUCAUGGGAGUCACCACGGCCGCCUCCGUCACUCUGAACUCCAUCGUGGUGGCCACGACGGUUCGAUACCGGGCGCUGCGGCAGCCCUUGAACUAUGCCCUGCUGAGCCUGGCCUGCGCGGACCUCGGAGUGGCGCUCGGAGGAGGCGUAGCGACCACUGUCACCAACGCCUUGCGAUCCCAGCUGCAGAUGGAGGACGCGCUCUGCCAGGCGGAGGGGUUCCUGGUGGCAUUCUUCGGCCUCGCAGGUCUCAACUCGAUCUGCGUGCUGGCGGCGGAGCGCUUCGUCAUGGUGUGCCGCCCGCUCAGCUCGAUGCACUUCGGGGGGCGUCACGCGCUGCUCGCCCUGGGGGCCGCCUGGCUCUGGGCACUCGCCUGGGCCACGCCGCCACUGCUGGGCUGGGGCCGCUACGGGCCGGAGGGGCUGGGCACAUCGUGUGCCCCGGACUGGCUGGAGCGCUCUCCGCUCGGCCGCUCCUACGUCCUCUCCUUCCUACUCUUCUGCUUCGUCCUGCCGCUCCUCUUCAUAGUCUUCUGCUACGGGAGCCUCCUGCGCAGCCUCCACAGGGCGUCGCGGGUCAAGUACAGCGUGACGCAGCGAGCCGAGCAGCGCGUCGGGGUCAUGGUGCUGCUCAUGAUCGUGGCGUUCCUCUUCUGCUGGCUGCCAUACGCCGCCUGCGCGCUCGUGGUCAUCUUCCAGCCCGGCAUCCAGCUCAGCCCCCUGGCCGCGUCCAUCCCCCUCUACGCAGCCAAGUCGAGCACAGCCUACAAUCCCAUCAUCUACAUCCUCCUCAACCGCCAGAUCACGGAAGCCGCCAAAGCCAGAUGUGGGGAGAGCCGCGCACGGGAGGAGGGAGAACGACGCGGUGUCCCAACUGUGACCGCACUCUGCCACGACGCCUGUCCUGUCGCCGCUGCCCACGCUCGUGUGUUCGCUCCGGCCAGCUGUGACCCUCGCAUCUCUCUCGCUCGCUCGUUCGCUCCGUGUGCGUUGUUAAUGCCUCGCCUUGGUCUGCCACCCAGUGUAUGUGUGCCCCGAGGUUGUAUAAAGUCAUUCCCUCGUUAUUCGCGACGGGUACGUUCCGGGGAUGCUCGUGAAUAAUGAUAUUGGCCCGACGAAAACCUAUCUUUUUCAUGAAUUGAGGUCUGAGAAUUUCUCUCUCUCUCUCUCUCAUCUCUUUCUCUCUUCACUUUGUCGUCACAUUCUCUCUCAUCACUUUCUUUCUCUCUCUUGAGGCAGUCGUGUAGAGUUCCAGAUGCAAUUCGCUGCUAGCAAGUUCCUGAAUAACGAGGGGAUACUGUACAUGUCAGCAUGUUAUAGCUGUGAUGUGCGCUUAUAGCCUGAAUAGUGUUUAUAUAUAUUUAAUACGUUUUAAGCGCUAUAUUAUACAAGUGUGGUGGAUAGUUCAUUGCCUUGACUUCACAGUAAAUAAAUAUUGUUUGGUGUAUUUUCAUUUGUUCAACAAUAUACAUAACUUAAGUGUAUCUUCGUGCUAAACUGUCACAGCAUUGUAUUUGACAUUAUGAUGAUGAUGAGUUGAUAGGUAUGGUUCACAGAAGACACGUGAUGGUUUACAAAUUAAACUACCUCAUUGAUAUCGCC